CUUCUGGAAGAGAGAGAGAGAGGUCUUCACACUUUCAAGGUCUCUUAAUUUGAUCCCAGUCCUGUUAUUAAAACUAUAUAAUGUCGCUUAACCUUCUCGUUGUUGGUAACGGUGGUCGUGAGCACGCACUUGUUUGGAAGCUCGCUCAGUCCCCAUCGGUGGAACACAUCUAUGUGGCUCCAGGUAACGGCGGUACAGACUCCCUUCCAAACGUCACCAACGUUGCUAUUGGCUCAUCUGCUGCUGAUUUUGAGAAGCUUGCUGCCUUUGCACAGGAGAAGAAGAUUGAUUUGGUUGUUCCAGGCCCGGAGCAGCCGUUGGUUGAUGGUAUCUCCACAGUUUUCAAGAAGAUUGGUAUUCCAGUGUUUGGUCCUUCUGCUAAGGCUGCCAUGAUGGAAGGCUCGAAGGCCCUGUCCAAGGACUUUAUGGCUAAGCACAACAUUCCAACUGCUGCUUUCAAGAACUUUACCGAUUUUGAAGCGGCAAAGGCCUAUGUGCAAAGCGUGUCCCACAACGUUGUGAUCAAGGCAUCUGGUAUCGCUGCUGGUAAAGGUGUUCUCAUUCCAACAACAAAGGAAGAAGCCAUCGAUGCGUUGAAACAAGUGAUGAUUGUCAAGGAAUUCGGCUCCGCUGGUGAUGAAGUGGUUGUUGAAGAGUUCUUGGAAGGUGAUGAGAUCUCGAUCCUCACGUUGUCCGAUGGUUACUCCUACUACAACCUGCCAGCUGCUCAGGAUCACAAGAGAAUUGGUAAUGGUGAUACAGGUCUUAACACCGGUGGUAUGGGUACAUAUGCCCCAGCUCCUGUUGCUACGCCAUCUCUUUUGCAACAGAUUGACGAUUCUAUCAUUAAGCCAUCUAUUGAUGGUAUGAGACGCGAUGGUUUCCCAUUUGUCGGAGUCUUGUUCACGGGAAUCAUCAUAACAGCUACAGGCCCAAAGGUCUUGGAGUACAAUGUCAGAUUUGGAGACCCAGAAACACAAUCUGUUCUCCCACUUUUGACCGAUGAUACGGACUUGGCCCAAGUGUUCCUCGCAGCUGCUGAAGGUAGAUUAGAUUCCGUUGAAAUCAAGACUAAACCAAACACUUUCGCUACAACAGUUGUGAUUGCUGCUGGUGGUUAUCCUGAAGAGUACAAGAAGGGUGAUGAAAUCACCAUCGAUUCCGAUAUCCAAGCUCUUGUAUUCCACGCGGGUACCAAGAAGGAAAACGGUGUUGUGUACACCAAUGGUGGCCGUGUCAUUGCUGCUACUGCCACAGCUGGUUCUCUUGAAGAUGCAGUCAAGAAGGCUUAUGAAGGUGUUGAAAAGAUCCACUUCAACAACAAGUACAACAGAACUGAUAUUGCUCACAGGGCCUUCAGAGAUGCUGCUAAGACUGAGGGUUUGACAUAUGCCACUGCUGGUGUCUCUGUUGACAAUGGUAACUUGCUUGUUGAAAAUAUCAAGGCUAUGGUUAAGUCUACAAAGAGACCAGGUGCUGAUUCUGAUAUUGGUGGUUUCGGUGGUAUUUUCGACUUGAGUGCUGCUGGAUACAAGACUGACGAGACUUUACUCGUUGCUGCUACUGAUGGUGUCGGUACUAAGUUGAGAAUUGCACAAAUUUUGAACAUCCAUGACACCGUUGGUAUCGAUCUUGUUGCCAUGAACGUCAAUGAUUUGGUUGUCCAAGGUGCAGAGCCAUUGUUGUUUGUUGAUUACUUUGCCAUUGGAAAGUUGGAUAUCAACAUCGCUGCAAACUUCGUGAAGGGUGUUGCUGAUGGUUGUAAGCUUGCUGGCUGUGCCCUUGUCGGAGGUGAAACCUCUGAGAUGCCAGGUAUGUAUGAGCCAGGUCACUAUGACACUAACGGUACUGCUGUUGGUGCAGUUAACAGAAACAAGGUCCUUCCUCUUGUUGACCAAAUGGCUGUUGGUGAUGUUCUUCUCGGUUUGAAGUCCGAUGGUGUUCAUUCCAACGGUUUCUCCCUUGUCCGCAAGAUCAUUGAGACUUAUGGAUUCUCAUACACAGAUGUUGCACCAUGGAAGCCAGAAUCUACAAUUGGAAAGGAGUUGCUGGUACCAACCAGAAUCUACGUCAAGCAAUUGCUCAGACCAAUUCAAAAGGACUUGAUCUUGGGUCUUGCACACAUCACUGGUGGUGGUCUUUUGGAGAACAUUCCAAGAGCUCUUCCAAAGAACUUGUCUGCUAAGGUUGACCUGAAAAGCUUUGAAGUUCCAGAAAUUUUCAAAUGGUUUGGUGAAACUGCAAAUGUUCCAGUACAUGACAUGCUGAAGACUUUCAACUUGGGUAUCGGUAUGGUUGUUAUCUUGAAGAAAGAGAAUGUUGCAGAAGUUACUAAACUUCUUGAAGAAGCUGGUGAAACCGUGUAUGAAAUUGGUGAACUUGUUGCAAGAGGUGAUGACAUUGGCACAAUCAUUGAGAACUCUGAAAGCCUUUAUGCAAACUAAACAACUAGUUUUAUAAUAAGUAACGAUAUCGUUUUGUUUUA